AUGAGCUCGAGUGACGACGGCCAUUUGCGCCCAACGCAGGGAGGAAGGAGCGAAUGCGUCCGCGCGAACAUCGCAACCACACCCAUUCCCGGCGGCAGUCAGAUUGACAUCGAAGCAUGUACUCCAUAUAUAAAGGAACCGGUGAGGCGUACUCAGUCCGUUGUCACAAUGGACUCGUCGACGCCGCCGCUACCUCUUCUUGGGGGUAUCAUCCUGACUCGUGAAGGCCUCACCGGUCUCCUCCUACCUGGGCUUUCUGUGUUGGCCUGUCUCAUUGCUACGGUCAUAGCUUCGUUAAUCUUGAUUCCAUACUUCAAUGACCCGUACAAGCUUCGAGCGUACCCUGGACCAUUCCUCGCGAAGUUCACAUCCGCUUGGAUCUCUUGGACCAUCAGCCACAAUCCAAUUUCAGAGAUCGUGGAUCAUUUGCAUCGUCAAUACGGCCCUAUCGUUCGCCUCGGCCCCAACAACGUCUCUAUUGCCGACCCCUCAGGCUCUGCCUUCUCAGUCAUCUACAGCCACUCAUCUGGUGUAACCAAGUCAGCUUUCUACGACACUUUCGCAAAUUUCAGGAUCAGGAAUAUAUUCAACACGCGCGACCGUGCAGAGCACUCACGCAAACGCCGCGUCGAGGCGCACAUGUUUGCACCCCAGAGCAUCCGGGCCUUGGAGGAAACUGCGCGUGUCCAUUUCCAGGUGCUUUUGCGUCAGUGGGAUGCGAUGUGCGCACAUGCAGAGAAGGCAGGACGCGGACGUGCGGACGGAGCAAUCGGUGCAGUUCCCUGGAAGGUGCAUGGCGGCAGAGUCUGGUUCAAUUGCAUGAUCUGGUUCAGCUAUUGGUCAUUUGAUACAAUUGGCGAUCUUGCGUUUGGACAUCCGUUUGGCAUGCUCGAGACGGGAAAAGAUGUAGCUCAGAUAGCUAAAUCCAACGCUCGAGGCAUGCAGGCCAUUGCUCAGGGUACCUCCGACUCGGAGAAAGCGACAUUAGAGCUGGUGGAUAUUCCUGCAAUCGAGGUGCUCACUGCACGCGCGGAUGCCCUCUUUGUUGUGGCGUAUCUCCCGCCGUGGGCACAAAAGAUUGUUGGCCGUCUGCCGAGCUUCCGAUCCGGCUACGCAGCUGCGCCAAAGCUUGCGGGUAUGGCCGUCGCGGCUGUGGCCAACCGGCUCGCGUCUCAAUAUGAUCGUGCGGACAUGCUCUCCAAGCUUCUGCAGGGAAGAGACGAAGACGGAAAACCCUACAGUCCGGAAGAGCUGAGCGCUGAGGCAUGGGUUCUGAUCAUCGCCGGUGGGGAUACGACUGCCAAUUCUUCGUGCGCGUUAACGUACCAUCUCGCGCGCAAUCCCCGGGUCCAGGCAAAGCUGCAGGCUGAGUUGGAUGCAGCUCUCGACGGCAUCGACUCCGAUGUAGCGCCUUACGAUGCGGUGAAGGACCUGCCGUACCUCGACGCUGUCAUCAACGAAGGUCUCCGCCUGCACUCAACAGUGGGCGGAGGCCUACCUCGCGUUGUCCCUGCUGGUGGACUGACCGUCCUCGGACAGCACCUGAAGGAAGGGACGGUGGUGAGCUCGCCGAUUUACACUCUGCACACGAACGAGGUGGUAUGGGGCGAGAACGCACACGAGUUCUACCCUGAGAGGUGGCUCGAGGCAUCCGCGGACGCGAAGAAAGAGAUGAUGCGAUCGUUUGUGCCGUUUUCUGCGGGCCCGAGGGCGUGCCUAGGGCGGAACCUUGCGCUGCAGCAAUUGCACGUCAUGUUCGCGACGAUCUUCCGCCGGUAUAGUUUUGCUCUGGAAAAUGACGCGCAGCUUACUAUCCAGGAGAGUUUCGUGCGAAAGCCGAAGAACUGCUUCGUAGGCGUGCAGCGGCGAAAGUGA